AUUUCUUGGGUGGAGCCGUGGAGCUCGCUCUGCUUUUCGGUUCCGUUUUCCGUCCAGAGGAAACGUUUGCGCAAUUACACGCCUUAUAUAAUUUCAGAUCAUAUGCUGUAGGGGUAUUCUUGCUGUGUGGAUUGCUCAGAAAAAUUUGCAGUGAAUUUCACAUCUGUGAAGGAAAUAGGCUACGGUGCUCCUCCUCUUGGUCUAUUCAUUCUUCCUGUGUCUCGUGCUCGGAAAGCUUAGUGGAUCGAAGAAAGAUGGCUACAUUUGAAGAUUAUUGCGUAAUAACCCAGGAGGACUUAGAGGAUAUUAAAGAUUCCAUAUCUUCUCAGGAUCUCCCAUCAGCGAUAACCACGAUAAAAGAAUACCUUAAAAAGCAGGAUCUUGUAGAACUUAACAUUGGUGUGACGGGAGAGUCUGGUUCUGGAAAAUCCACGUUUGUCAAUGCAUUCAGGGGUUUAGGAGAUGAAGAAGAGGGUUCUGCUAAAACUGGCCCAGUAGAAACCACUAUGGUACCUGAGGUUUAUCUUCACCCAAAAUACAAAAAUGUGAAAGUGUGGGAUCUUCCUGGCAUUGGAACACCAAACUUCAAAGCUGAUGAGUACCUUAAACUGGUUCAGUUUAAGCGCUAUGAUUUUUUCAUCAUCAUUGCUUCAGAUCGGUUCAGAGAAUGCCACACUCAGCUGGCCACAGAGAUUAUGAAGAUGGGGAAAAAGUUUUAUUUUGUUCGUUCCAAGAUUGACUUUUGCAUUACUGCUGAGAAGAGGAAGAAGAACUUUGACCAGAAAAAGACUCUGGAGAUCAUCCGAGAGAACUGUGUAAAUGGGCUGAGGAAGAUUGGUAUAGAGGAUCCUGUCGUGUUCCUGAUCUCUGGCUGGGAGCUCGGAAAGUAUGAUCUAAAUGUUCUGCAGGAGAGGAUGGAGAAGGAGCUUCCACAGCAUAAGAGACGUGUGCUGAUGUUGGCUUUGCCGAAUAUCACACUGGAGAUUAAUGAGAAAAAGAAGAAAGCUCUAGAGGAAAACAUUGGAAAAGUUGCCUUCCUGUCUGCUUGUGUGGCAGCUAUUCCUCUCCCUGGUCUUUCGAUCGCUGCAGAUAUAGCCAUCAUAGCAGGCGAGCUGAGAAAGUACUACAGUGCAUUUGGUCUGGAUGAUCCAUCCCUGCAAAGGCUCUGUGAAAGAUCUGGGAAGACCGUAGAGGAAUUGAAGAGUCUGAUGAAGUCUCCUCUGCAUCAAGGGAUAAACCCAAGCUCAAUAUUAACCUUGCUGGGUGCUGCAUCCCUUCUUAUAUCAGAAGAUGCUAUUGAAUUACUUGUGAGCUUCAUACCCAUUAUUGGCACUUUGGUGGCAGGAGGACUGUCUUAUCUGACUGUCUCAAGAAUGCUGAAGAGAGCUCUGAAUGACAUAGCUGAUGACGCCAGGAAUGUGCUGAUGGCUUCAUUGGAGACUGAAGUGUAAUUGUAAAAAAUGUAGGCUACAUGUAAAAAAUAUACAACAUUAUUGUAACUAACUGCUUUUUGGGUAUUUGAAGACAAAUAUUUGUUUAUCACAUUUAAUGCAAAAUA